AUGGGCCGUCAGCCAAUGUCUAUUGAAUUGGGUGGUUUUGGUACCAUGUCGUCUAAUUCAAUGCCCUUUCAUCGGACCCUCCAGCAACUCAGCAUCCGCUACAGACACGACAGCAUUUGUUUCACUAUGAGCUACCUCGAGACAGUAUCUGUCUCGAAAUGCUGUGAAAGCGGUGAACCGAUGCUUGCGCAUGGGACACAUUUCAUAGCGGAUCUGUCCCAGUUUGGGCAUCCGGCCGAUGGCACACCAACAAGACACCAGAGCGUCUUCAGACAAUUUUUAGGAUCGGGUAAUUUGCUAUUCCUGAAGAAAGGUUCGUCUGUUGAUAGAGGAUAA